CAAAAGGCCUCGUAUAUACGCAUUAGAUAAAAUAAACUACGAGUCCGACCCUCCCUUGAAAUUCUGAAUGCCAAAAGACCGAGCUGUAGAGCUUUAUUAAUAUAAAAAAACGAAUCUGAGUUUUGAGUUGGCAACACUUGUUCUUAUACAUCUUCCUUUUUUGUGCAACGCGUUUUUACGGAAGGUGUGUUAAAGUUGUUCUCUCGAAUUAUCUUCUAAUUUAGUAAACUAGAUUUGUUAUAUGUAUUUGUGUUCUUCCUAAAAGCUAAAAUUUCUUGUUGUCUUUCAGUAAUUCGUGGAUACACCAAUAUACACAAUGGUUGCGGCCAAGAAACAAGUAAGUGUCGUACACGUGUUUUUGCAGAUAUUAUUUUCUAAUGGACUAAAACGGGGUUACUAAAUAACUUUAGUAUUCACUAAUCCUUAAUUAAGUCCAAGAUAAUAUAAUGAUACAAGAUAGGCUUGCUAAUUUCAUAAUUGGGAAGGUUGAGAACGUAUCGAACAAAUUUAAUUUAUAGAAAAAGACCAUCGAGUCUAUCAACUCCCGAUUGGCUCUGGUUAUGAAAUCCGGCAAGUACUGCCUUGGCUACAAGCAAACGUUGAAGACUCUCCGUCAAGGCAAAGCUAAGCUGGUCAUCAUUGCUAAGAACGCCCCUCCUCUAAGGAAAUCAGAGAUUGAGUACUAUGCUCUCCUCGCCAAGACUGGUGUCCACCACUACAGUGGAAACAACAUCGAGUUAGGCACAGCAUGCGGAAAGUACUACAGGGUGUGCACACUCGCUAUUACUGACCCAGGAGAUUCUGACAUCAUUACCACUCUGCCCGAGUCGCAGGUGUAGGGUUAUUUUUAAUAUAAUUUAAAAAAACAAA